AUGGCUGCAGGAAUUGUCAGAACCACUGGAGCCGGUGCUACAGGGCCGAUGUGGGUGGUCGCAGCUGGAGGUAUGGUAGGUGGUGGUACCGAAAAUGGAGCAACCGGUACCGCUGGUGCAGGUGCUGAGUACACUGUAGGUACUGGGGGCACAAGUGCCACUGGUGUCGGGUACACGGUAGGUCUAAGUGGCGGUGGUGCCUGGUACGCCGUAGGCUCGACUGGAGCAGGUGCCGGGUAUGCCAGUGGUACCAUAAAUACGGUAGGGGUGGGUACUGCGAGUGCAGCCGAGUGUCUUCUUGGCACUUCUUCUGAAUUUCUUCUUCAUCAGCAAUCUCCUAACCAUGUUGACUAA